AUGUCACAAAAGAAAUCGGGAGGAUGUUGUGGUGGUGAGGGAAAAACAAAUGACGAUCGUGCCUCGGUCAUUAUCGAAUCAAAUAGUACAGACAACAGAGCAAAGUUGGACAAAGGUGUAAAAUUGGUUUUGUUGGGAGAAGUAUUCACAGGAAAGACAUGUAUCGCAUCACGUUUAGUUAGAAAUGAAAUUGGACCAACAGAUCCAACUAUUGGUGCAGCAUUUUUAGUUAAAAAUAUGGUAUUGGAGAAUGGAACCAAUGUCAAACUUGAGAUUUGGGAUACAGCUGGUCAAGAAAGAUACAGAAGUUUAACACCAAUGUACUACAGAGGUGCAUCGGCUGCAGUUAUAGUAUAUGAUAUCACUAAAAAAAAUACAUUUGAAACAUUAAAGAGAUGGGUUUCUGAAUUACAAAAGCAAGCAUCACCAAAUCUCAUUAUGGCAUUUGCAGGUAACAAGGUCGAUUUACCAAACCGUGAGGUUCAAGUCGAUGAAGUCAGUAAAUAUAUUUCAGAGUUGGGUGGAGAUAUCAUAUUCUUUGAGACCUCUGCACAAACUGGUUACAAUGUCACCGAGUUAUUCAACGAGAUUUGCCGAAAGAUUAAAGAGUUAGAACCACUAGGUUUGACUCCAGCAGAGUCCUGUGCAACAUUUAUGUCGGUCACUUCUGGUUUAAAUCAAACUAUAACUUAA